AUGGCGCAGGACGACAAGUGGGCGAGUCCCGACCACCUCUGCGGCAGUCCGCUCGCUCUGUCUUCCUUCGAGAUAUCCAGCCCAGUUCGCACGCUAUCCAUCUACAACCUUGUCUGUGCUCGAGUGCAUCUCGAGCGCACUCGUACUGUAGUAGAAACCGCAAAGCCAAAGAUACUGCACCUUGUCGUGGACCUCCUCGGAACACCGUAUCCGGAUGACCCUGCCGAAUUCGCCGAGUGGGGCAAACAGGCCGAUCUGCAGAUGAUCGGAUGGUCUGUACCAAUUCUCGAGACGGAGCCCGUAGUCCCUCUGGAGAUGUUAGUCGUCGAACUUCAGAUGACGACAGCUCAUGACGAGCACGACUUCCACUAUCGAGCUUGCGUUGGCCCGCGUAACAUCGCACAGCGAUCCCAGCCCCCGGUCAUCGUUCUCUACUUUCAUGUCAUCGAGAACCCCAACCACACGCGUUCGAGUAAAGCAACGCAAAGUGUCGAGCGUCUGCUGGCGAGCGUCGACCCGUAUAAAGUGGCUUAUACGGUUGCAUCUGGGGAACCAUUUCGGUCCCGUCAACCAGAGCCGGAGACCAUCCGAGUCUUCGUGAAGAGGAAGUCUAAUUUUCUGGACGACUUCCAAGGCUGGUGCAUGAAGCGCUCGCGAGACACGGACGGGAAGAUCGUCGAGAAGGAUGAAGUAGGCCAGGACGAGUUGCGUGAGAUGCAAACCUCUUUGGGGCUCCUGGGCUAUGUCUAG